ACUGGAGGUCUUCGUCACAGCCAAUGGGCUGACGUGUUACGCUCCUCGAAAACAUGUCUCCCAUGAAGCUGUGUGUUCCAGGUGACAAGCUAUGCAGUGUGGAAAACUGCAUUCCCGGCACAGGAGUAUUUCUGCGGCACGGCUACAUAUACUCCUCACUAGCCGGCUACGUGCUCAAGAAAAACGAGGGAGAGGAGUUACCAGUGAUCUCAGUGGUGCGGGAAACCGAAACGCAACUACUACCCGAUGUAGGAGCAAUAGUCACCUGUAAGGUGACCAGUAUCAACCCCAGGUUCGCCAAGGUCCACAUCCUUUAUGUGGGCUCCACACCGCUGAAGGACCGCUUCAGAGGAACAAUCAGGAAAGAAGAUGUGCGCGCGACAGAGAAAGACAAGGUGGAGACGUACAAAAGCUUCAGACCUGGCGACAUCGUCUUGGCGAAAGUGAUUUCUCUCGGUGAUGUGCAGUCGAACUACCUGUUGACGACAGCAGAGAAUGAGCUCGGGGUGGUGGUUGCACACAAUGAAGCAGGUGCCCAGAUGGUUCCCAUCAGCUGGUGUGAGAUGCAGUGUCCACGAACGCACAGCAAAGAGUUCCGCAAAGUGGCGCGAGUGCAGCCGGAGUUUCUACAGGCGUGAGACGUCGUCUUUCCUCCACAAGGAACACACAGCUUCCCCCCCUCUUUCACUCACUGUUGUUAAGUAGCCUCCCAACUCUGCUUCAAAUGUUUUCUGAGCGACUGGAUGACGUGCAUAUCUUUGGCUGCUUCUGGUUCACAAGUGUUUUUGUUUUUUUAAAUAGCUUUCCCUCUGCACAUGGUGUCAUCAUUUGAUUGUGCCAGCUUGAAAACACUGAAGCAGCGUCAGAACAAACUGUCAGGACAUAUUCUAAACUAUGUAGCAACUGUUGUAAAGACAUUUUAAGUAAAGUGAGUGCAUCCGCCAGCGACGUUGGUUUUUAAAGUUGCCUUUAAAUUGUCUAGCGGCAACCUAAUCGACUGAGGAUGUUGCAUUGCAGCUGCAGAGUGACCACCAUGGUGAGAAGCUUAAAGCAUAAGAACCUAGUGAAGAGAGGUCUUGUUCACGGAGCAGGAUUCACUCGGUUUUGUUAAAAGGUAUUUUAGCCGAUCAUCAGGUCACUCCAAGGAUAAAGCAGUAGUUGGUGCAUAAAAGUCAGACUUGGUUGAGACGAGGCUUUGACUGCAUUUUGUAACCAGAGCCUAAUGUUAAACACAGCUACCAGUGUGAAGAAUAUUAAAGUUCAACAUGAUAGUCAGAUAUUUCUUUGUUUUCAGCACAUUGUCAAAUCUAAAUGAUUAUGAGCCGACAAGAAGCAAGCAGAAAUGUCUCCAUUUUAUCGUUUGAAGUAAAGUGUACUCUGACUUUCCUUCAACCUUCACUUUACAGCAAAUGUCAUUC